AUUUGUAUAGGUUAUGUAUAUAUUUAUGUUAGAAAAUUAUAAUCGUUGGCGUAGUAAAUAAAAAAAUUUCAAAAGAUUUUAAAGUCGAAAUAUUAAAAUGGGUACAAAAAGAAAAAAUAUGGAGGACGAAAUAUCAAGAUUUGAAGCGGAAAUUUCUAAGACUCAGAGUACAAUGUUUGUUCCAAGUCAGUUAAGACCUGUGAUAGGAUCUAGCACAUUUAACCAAGUUCAACAAAAGCUAAAUCAACAACAUCAUAACUCCAUAUCAAAUUCUCAAUCAGUAAAUUCAACAAAUACAACAACAACAACUUCAAAUAGCAAACAUUCAUCAAUGGUUGUUCCACCACCUCCUAUGCCCCCAGCAUUUUUAUCAACAUUUGUCCCAAGUACAACAUCUGGUUCUACCGAAACUACUUCUAAAGCUUAUUCUACGGAACCCUCACCUAUAGUCCUAGCUUCCGCACCCAAAUUAUAUACUAGUAGAACAACUACUAUGCACACAACUCAUUCAUCGGUGCCUGCAAUCGAUAUUUCUACAAUCCAAUUUGAUGUGACUCAAAAGUUAAAAAAAUUAAAGGCUGAAAAAUUAGGCCCUAAUCCUAUAGCUGAAGAAGCUAUUAAAGCAGCAAAGGCUUCGUCAGCUUUACAAUCGUUCCAAGUAAAUGAGAGACGUAAAAAAGAUAGGAAGACGGUACGAAUAGCUGGUGGUCAAAUUUGGGAAGAUACUUCUUUAGCCGAUUGGCCUGAUGACGAUUUUAGAAUAUUUUGUGGGGAUCUAGGUAAUGAUGUAAAUGACGAAGUUUUAACAAGAACGUUCAACAAGUAUCCUUCCUUUCAAAGAGCCAGAGUUAUUAGAGACAAAAGAACUGGAAAAAGUAAAGGUUUUGGAUUUGUAAGCUUCCGCGAGCCUCAAGACUUUAUAAAAGCUAUGAAAGAAAUGGAUGGCCGAUAUGUUGGAAGUAGGCCAAUCAAACUGAGAAAAAGUACGUGGAAGCAACGUAGUUUGGAUAUAGUUAGGAAGAAAGAGAAGGAGAAGCAGGUUUUGGUUCAAAUGUUUCAAAAAUAACAUUCUGUUUUGAAAUUUAUAGUUUUAUACGUAUCUGUAUAUCAAGUCCUGUAACUGUAUUGAAAUAAAGUUUUAGAAGUUUUGAGAACAAAACACUGCGAGAAACAAAAAGCAAUUGGACGGCUAUUUGACUUUUGUAACUUUAAUAAAUUUAAUUUUGUAUAUUAAAUGAUAUUAAAGUCUUUAACAAUAUGUACAUAAUAAUGUUUAUCGUAAUAUAAAGAGUUUUAAAAAAGCAACUUUUAUUUUAUUAAUUGUCGAGUGACAUUGAAAUC